UUUAUUUUAAAAUUUAAAGCGAAGAGGAGAAGAGGUAAAAGGGAAGGAGAGAGAAACACAGAGGAAGCUGCAGUGGACAAAGCGACGGGACGUUUCUCCUUCCUCCUUUGCUUCCAUUUUGCUCAAAUUAUUUGUUAUUUUCGUUUUAGUUUUUUUAUUUUGGUUUAAGCCAUUCGUGGAGGUUGUUAGGGUAUCACACCGACUUCGAUUUAGUUGGGAUUUUUUUUCCUGAAUUUGUUGUUCUUUGUUGGAUUUUCUUCAAGAUUUUUGGUUUUGGACGAUGUUUUAGACCCUGGGAUCGUCCAUUGCUGUUGAUUUGACCUAGUUUUUAAGGGUUUCUUUGGAUUUGUUGGGGUUGAGGGCAGAGAUCUGAGUAGUGAUCUAGGGUUUUGAGUCGAUCGUGCAUGGCGUCGGUGGAAGCGCCGAAGAGAUCAGCGGUGCGAUCUCGCGCGCCGCUCAAGCUUCAGGCGCUGCGGUCGCUGCCGCUCAAUUUCCGAUUCACCAGCGGGGGAUCGCCUUCCAUGGCGGAAGGCGAGAAAAGGGAGGUGGGGAUCGAUCUCGGAGCGUUGGAGGAGGAGGAAGGAGAGAACGGGGGAGUGGAGGAGAACGAGGAGUCGCCGUAUAGCUCGAAGACGACGUCGAGAGAGGCGAGGCCAGUGGAAGAAGCAGAGGAAGAGGAGGAGGAGGAGGGUAGUGUGGAUUCGGCGGCAGCGGCUCGAUCUCCUGCGGCGUUGCCAUCGCAGGUUGAGUCUAGAUGGGGAGAUACUAGUUCUUACUGUGCGAAAAAGAAACUUCAAGCUUGGUGCCAUCUUCCGAAUGGUGAUUGGGUAUUGGGCAAGAUACUUUCAACAGCUGGGGCAGAGGCUGUUCUUUCCCUUCCCGAGGGUGAAGUCUUAAACGUGAAGAUUGAGAAUCUUUUACCUGCAAACCCUGAAAUUCUUGAUGGAGUGGAUGAUCUUAUGCAGCUUAGUUAUCUAAAUGAACCAUCAGUUUUGUAUAAUUUGCAAUAUAGAUACUACCAAAAUAUGAUAUAUAUUAAAGCAGGUCCAGUUUUGAUUGCUAUCAACCCAUUUAAGAAAGUCCAUCUUUAUGGCAAUGAUUUUAUUGAAGCAUAUAGACGGAAAGCUAUGGACAGUCCACAUGUCUAUGCAAUAACAGAUACAGCUAUCCGUGAAAUGAUAAGAGAUGAAGUGAAUCAAUCAAUUAUUAUAAGUGGUGAGAGUGGAGCAGGAAAAACUGAAACUGCAAAGAUAGCAAUGCAGUACUUGGCUGCCCUUGGAGGUGGUAGUGGCAUAGAAUAUGAGAUCUUACAGACGAAUCCGAUACUUGAGGCAUUUGGCAAUGCAAAGACAUCAAGGAAUGACAAUUCCAGUCGCUUUGGAAAGCUCAUUGAAAUUCAUUUCAGUUCAACUGGCAAAAUAUGUGGUGCCAUGAUUCAGACAUUUUUACUUGAGAAGUCAAGAGUUGUACAAUGUGCAGUUGGUGAACGGUCCUAUCAUAUUUUUUAUCAGCUAUGUGCUGGUGCUACCUUGCCUCUCAGAGAGAAACUAAAUUUGAGGAAUGCUGAUGAAUAUAAAUAUCUGAAGCAGAGCACUUGCUAUUCAGUAACUGGUGUUAAUGAUUCUACAAUGUUUCACACUGUGAUGGAAGCAAUGGAUGUUGUCCAUAUCAGCAAAGAAGAUCAAGAAAAUGUAUUUGCAAUGCUUUCCGCAGUUCUAUGGUUGGGAAACAUUUCCUUUACAGUGAUUGACAAUGAAAACCAUGUUGAAGUUGUUGCUGAUGAAGGUGCACAUACUGUUGCUAAACUUAUCGGGUGUGAUAUUCAGGAUCUUAAGUUGGCUUUGUCAACUCGUAAAAUGAGAGUCGGCCAUGACAAUAUUGUUCAGAAACUUACUCUUUCACAGGCAAUUGACACGAGAGAUGCAUUGGCGAAAUCACUAUAUGCAAGCCUGUUUGAGUGGCUUGUUGAACAGAUUAAUAAAUCACUUGCAGUAGGCAAGCGUCGCACUGGCAGAUCAAUCAGCAUUCUUGAUAUAUAUGGCUUCGAAUCUUUUGACAAGAAUAGUUUUGAACAAUUCUGCAUCAACUAUGCUAAUGAAAGGCUGCAACAGCAUUUUAACCGCCAUUUGUUUAAGCUGGAACAGGAGGAAUACAUCAAAGAUGGCAUUGAUUGGGCAAAAGUUGACUUUGAGGACAACCAGGACUGCUUGAAUCUUUUCGAGAAAAAGCCACUGGGAUUAUUGUCUCUGUUGGAUGAGGAGUCAACUUUCCCCAAUGGUACCGAUCUCACUUUUGCAAACAAGCUUAAGCAGCACUUGUACAGUAACUCUUGCUUUAGAGGCGAAAGAGGGAAAGCCUUUUCUGUUCAGCACUAUGCAGGGGAGGUGGUCUAUGACACGUCAGGGUUUUUGGAGAAGAACAGAGAUCUAUUGCACAUGGACUCAAUUCAGCUCCUUGCUUCAUGCAAAUGCCCUCUUCCUCAGAUCUUCGCAUCCAAGAUGCUUGCGCAAUCUGAUACUUCUGCAUCUAAUUCACACAGAACCAGUGGAGCUGAUUCCCAAAAGCUAAGUGUAGCAAUGAAAUUUAAGGGACAACUAUUUCAGUUGAUGCAAAGACUUGAGAGUACAACACCUCACUUCAUUCGCUGCAUUAAGCCAAACAAUUCACAACUUCCUGGUAUUUAUGAACAAGAACUAGUUCUUCAACAGCUUAGGUGCUGUGGAGUUCUUGAAGUGGUCCGAAUAUCUAGAUCCGGAUAUCCUACGAGGAUGUCUCACCAAAAGUUUGCUAGACGGUAUGGCUUUCUUCUACUUGAGAGUGUUGCAUCUCAAGACCCACUUAGUGUGUCGGUUGCAAUUCUUAAGCAGUUCAACAUUCUGCCUGAGAUGUAUCAAGUUGGCUACACAAAGUUGUUCUUUCGAACUGGUCAGAUCGGCACACUUGAAGAUACAAGAAAUCGUACGUUACAUGGUAUUUUAAGGGUUCAGAGCUGUUUCAGAGGCUAUCGAGCUAGGCGUUAUGUGAGAGAGCGUGCAAGAGGAAUCAUUGCACUGCAAUCAUUUAUUCGAGGAGAAAAGGCCAGGCGUGUUUAUUCAGAAAUGUUGCAGAAACACAGAGCUGCGAUUGUUGUACAAAGAAAUAUCAAAUGCCAAGCUGCUAGGAAGAGCUUUAUAAAUACUCGUAAUGCUUCAGUUGUAAUACAGUCGGUUAUUCGUGGUUGGCUCGUUCGAAGGUGUUCUGGAGAUGUAACUCUUCUGAAUUAUACAAGAAAACUUGAAAGCAAAACGGGCACUGAACCUGAACAAGUACUUAUCAAGGCAUCCGUUCUAGCUGAGCUCCAAAGGAGAAUUUUGAAGGCUGAGGCUGCCCUUAAACAGAAGGAAGAGGAAAACGAUCUCCUCCACCAAAGGCUCCACCAAUACGAGAGCCGCUGGUCUGAAUACGAGCAAAAGAUGCAUUCCAUGGAAGAAGUAUGGCAAAAACAAAUGCGGUCUCUCCAAUCCAGCCUCUCCAUUGCGAAGAGGAGCCUCGCAAUGGAUGACCAGGAUCGAUCGUCUGACACAUCCAUGGACCAGCAACUGAGCUGGGAUAGCGGCACUAACCACGUCGAGAAUAGCGGGUCGCGUUUUGGGCCUCGUAUGCUCGGCCGGGAAAUGAGUGCAAGUUUAAGUGUCGUGGGACGCCUGGCGGAAGAGCUUGAGCAGAGAAAGCAAGUUUUUGCAGACGAUGCAAAGUUCUUGGUGGAGGUGAAGUCGGGGCAGGUGGAGGCCAGUUUGAAUCCAGAUAGAGAACUAAGGAGGCUGAAGCAGAACUUUGAGUUUUGGAAGAAAGAUUUCGGAGUGAGAUUAAGGGAGACGAAGGUCAUAUUAAAUAAGUUGGGGGCCGACGAGGUGAAUUCCGAUAGUAAGUUGAAGAGGAAAUGGUGGGGGAGGUUGAACAGCAGUAAGAUUAUUUGAAGGCAUAUGAUUUAUUGUAUUUAUCAUGUUUCAUUAGUGCAAGUUUUUUUUUUUUCUUUUUUUUUUCUUUUUUUCUAUGAGAGUAGUAUGCAAAGAGAAACCCCAGUUUGAUUUACUGGGUUUGUGAAUGAUGGUUUAAGUCAAUUGUGGCCUGUAACAGGUAGGCCCGACAACACGGUUAUGUAUGUAAUUAUGGUUGGAACUGAGUUGAUGAAAUUGGGGAGUAGGUUUGUUGGGUUAAACAGAGAUGUGAUCUAUCUAGAGGUUCAUUUUUUUUUGGUAAAUAAUUCCCAUUCUUCUA